AUGUCCAGGGCCAAGGUGGACGAGGAGGGCCUGGAAAUUGCCGUUUGCAGACACGGAAUCUUGCUACAAGGCUUGAAUCACUACUGUGGAGAAAUUUAUGCUUACCCACUGUUCCUGCAGAAGGAGUUGGCUCAGGCUGCAAACAUCAAAUUCUUUUGUAUGGACCUCACUUGCAGGUAUUGGCCAUACUUGGAGAAGAUGGCAGAGAAGUUGUCAGAGCUCCAACCACUGACAGAGAUGAGGCCUUUUCUGUCUGUAAUGCAUGCCAAGGCUCACACUGGCAAAUGUGAGGUGAGGUGGGGUGGCAGAAACCAGGAUGGUGCAGGAAAUACUGUUGGUGAGGAGGUGGAGCAAGUGAACAGCUUUCUCUCAAGGGCAGCUCUGACCACAAAAUACAUGACCAAGUCAGGGAGAGCCGAUAUGAUAACAAUGCUUGCCAUGGGAUGGAACAACAGGAAGGUGGAGAGUCUACACAAGACACUGGCGAAGCGAUUUGUUAAAAUUACACAGAGAGCAGAAAAGGAAGCAGCAAAUCUUCAGCAUCUCCAGCAUGACCUCAACAUCACUUUGGAGGACACAGAACAGUGGAUUGAGGAUGUGAAGCAGUGGGCAGCCACUGGGAAACAUGGUGCUCAUAGUAGCCAGGAAGAGCUCCAGAGAGAGAUUGAUGAGAUCAUCUAUUCCCUCAGAAGGAAGAAGCAUGAUCUCUACCAACAAAAUGACAGCAAUCAAACGAGGCAACAGAAACGGAGGAGACUGGGUGAGCUCAAAAAGAAACUCAGAGAGAAGAUCGUCCAAUACAACACAGUUGCUGCCGAUGAAGACAAAAUUGACUCAGAAGCAGCAUGCAGUCUCUCUGAUGAAGUCGUUCUCCCUUGGGAGGCACAAGGAGAUGUGGUGAGUCUCCGUUUGAAGAGGCGACUUUUUGACCAGGUCAUGCUGGUCAGGCGCAUGGAAGAGGAGAAACCAAUCCUUGUGAAGGAGAUGACUCAACAUUAUCAGUACCUGAGAAAGGCAUUGGACAAACUGGACAACCUCCUCCAUCACACUGAAGAGAACAUCAAGAACCAUACUACUCCUACAGAUAUGACAGAGGCUGGAUACAGGGGACUGCACUGCAGUCUUCUACAGAAGAAAGACAUUCUUCAGAAGAAACUGAGUGCUGUCACCAGCACCUAUGCCCGUGUAGACACAGACCCCGGUGUUUUUAACGUGUUGGAAGAAGAUCUGGAGGACUUUGAAGAGGAUUACAGCAGUUCAGAACUUUCAGAUGAAGAAAUAUAG